AUGGCAACAGAGGUGCCCCAGAAUGAACUCAUCCCUGACAUUGUGUAUGAAACGGAGAAUGACAAUUACGUCGAAUUCUCAUUAUCACCCUCACCCUCACGGCCUCACCCACCGCCCAUGGUCCAAUUAUCCCCUUCUGUGGCAGGCAAAUCGAGAUUCAAGUGGGCCAAUGACGGCAUUCAUGGAUCUCCGUUGAGGAGCGAGAGCGCCAAUGAGGUCACUUCAUCCGCCACGCUAAGAAGGAUCUCCACUGUCCAGUUUGCUGAUGUCACCAUUUUUCAGGGGGGGUUUUACAGUGCUGUCACUGCUGGCGGAAAGGGAGGCUGGCUCUGUUUCUGUGACGGGACGGGAGAGGCAGACACACAAGAUGUUACCGUGCACCGUCAUAUCUCGCCUCACAUUGGGCUCUCACCACCGUUUUUGAUGCACAUCAAAGGAGAAGGGAGCCUCAACCGCGCCCCACAAGCUUGUUCUUUACGAAAAGUGCUGGUGGUCCAAAAACGGUUUCUAGUUGGGCGUCUCGACCAAACAGAGGCCCGUGAUCGCGAGGUCUGCCCGGCAUUCUCCUCAUCUCAGCAAUGA